CAUUGACUACCUUAAAACAGGUGGGCUUUUCGAUGCAUGACAUACGUUGACAAUUUGAUGUCUUUACUUGUCAAGACAGGAAAUACGGUUACAUAAGUCGACAAGCCCAUCAAGAGAAUAAUGUCAAUACACAAUUUUAAGAGACUGCUACUGGCAAUAGUUUUACUAUUUCAAACAACAUGCUGCUUAAGCGAGAAAACUACGACCAUGACGGACGAGGAUCUUUGCUUCCUGAAGCUUUGCAAAGCCGGACGCCAGUGUGUUGUAAUAAACAAGGUGGCUACCUGUCAGUGUGUUAGUAGUUGCCCUGACCACAUGCACCUGGUCUGUGGAAGUGACGGACACACUUAUCACAACCCCUGCCAGCUCCACCGAACUGCUUGUAUUGAACAGCGGCAUAUCAAAGUCUCCGAAAAGGGGCCUUGUAUAGUUAGUAACAAGGAAAUGGAAAUCAAAAGGCUGAAGAAUAGCACUUGGAAACCCCUGAAGUGUAAAGAAGACGCCAGAGUGUACAUCAGAAAAAUUUUCCUAAUGGAACUCAUGCUUAAAAAUGGAAGAGAUGACGUGGUUUCCAAACGAGCAAAAACGUACUUUAAAUCGGUUGAUAGCAAUAUGGAUAUAUUUGUUACUUCCGAUGAAAUAUACCACUUUCUCAGGCAAAAGCAUGAUGAAAAGUCAACUGACAUAUCAAAGAGUUUUAGGCAAAAGAUAGCUUGUAUCGAUGCCAUGAUAGAUCAGGUGGAUAAAAACAAGGACUACAAACUAGACCAAACUGAAUUUACUGAUCUCUUAAAGCCAGAACUUGUGCCGUUUUCAAAAGGUUGCCUUUUAUCUGGUAUCCAUUAUUCUGAUGGCGAGUCCAUGCUAAGGGAAUGUAACACUUGUGUUUGUAGAGAUGGCAAAAUGGAAUGUUCAGCCCACGAUUGCUCAAAGAUAACUGAAGGGAAAGACAACUCUUUGCCGUCAAAUUACCAGAAGAAUAUCUUGAAAAUGAUUAAAGAACUGCUAGCCAAGACAACAAAACAAUAGAUUCCGGAAAAAAUUGUUUCAACAAGCGCUUGCAGACUCGUCCUUAAUCAGAGAUUGGUUGGAUUUAAUUCAGUCAGUAGAUGAAAUCAAUGAAAAUGAAACAAGUAAUGAUAUAAAAAAGCAAAUCAAAUACUUUAGUUGUUGUAUGAAUAGCACAUGGCCAAUCAAUUAUGCACAUUUGUUUCAAACCAAAAACUAUGUCAUAAUAGAGUUGUUUGAAUUCUGAAUAAAAGAUAAGCUACGUUAAUAUUAUUUUAUAUGUCAAAUGUACAAGAUGGCCGCAAUCGUCCUUUUAGGUGGAAUGACACAUCAUCACAAAAUGAUGAUGUGUUCUAAUCGAACGACAUCUCUUUUUAAUAAAAUGAUUUCAUCGCCAGUACUAUGUAAUUUAUUCCAUAGCCGAGCGGAUCCGUACAUUCCGAGUUCAAAUCCCGCAGAGGCUUUUGUUGUUACUUACGAAAUUGAAUAUUUUAGAUAUAAAUUGUGCACCCCCAAACUGCAAAUUUUUCGCUUAUUUCACACAGUUUGUACAGUUUAUUUAUCAUUAUAUCUUUCAUAAUCAUAUAAUUUACUGUUAAUUUGAGUAACUUUUUCUAGGUGUGUUAUUCCACCUUUACACAAUACCUGCUAACAGGUUUCCUGGUAUGUUAUUGCCAUAGUAUGCUGUGGUCCACUACAUGUAUGUGAACAACAUAUCAUUCAAAUUAGUCGUUACACAGUUUAUUUUUUCACAAACAAUGUUUUGUUUAAAGGCUUAAGAAAACAGUUUUCCAGUAUCAUUGGUAUCAUUUUUACAUACGUGUAUCUCCUGUGGUGAAUCACUAUUUGUUUUAUCUUUUGUUCUUACUGUGUUACCGAUACAACUCUAUCUGAUUAAGAUUCAAGAAUAAAAUUCUUGAAAAUUUAGUUUUUAAUAUACACUUACUCUGAUUUAUGAAAAUAUUCUAUGUGAUUAUCCAUAUGCAUAAGCUAAUUUAUCUAUUCCAUUCCGGGUAUUUUUCUUAUUAUUCUAUUUUUAACCAAUCGAAUUGUCGUAAAAGGUUGCCCACAUAAUAUUUCCAGGAAUUAUGCUGACAUUCAAUAUUGUGGUUUCAACAUUUAGAUCUAUUUCAGUGUUUGCAUAACGAUAUAUGUUGUGUGAAUUUAUUUUUAAACUAGACGUCUCAAAUCCCACUCAGUUUUUUGUAUUUAAGUUGCAAUAAGAAUGAACGAUUGUUUAAAUAAUUUUUACAUGCUUAGUAAAUAAUAUUAAAAGAUAUCGACAGGGUUUUAAAGGUUUUGAAACAAAAUAUAGAAGGAAGUAAGUUUAUUUAAAACUUACAUGUUAUUCUCUAAAUUCGUCAAG